CUCAAAGCCCAAAAGGCAAAGACAAACUCUGGACUUCGGAGGAAAAAUAGUUGUUUAAAAACCAGAGAAAAAGGAGAGUGAAAAAAAAAAAAAAAAACGUUAGCGAGAGGAGGAAGAAGUGUGAAAAAAUGGCGGCGGCUGCGAACUCUGAGGGCAAUGCUCAGAAACCGAGUUCGGAAACGUUUCAGUUAUUCUCUUCCUCCGCUUCCGCCUUCGGAAUCUUCGACGAUGCUGCGCAACAAGUUCCUCCUAUACCUCCUCCUCCCUGCGUUGAAGUCCUCGCUUCUGAGGUUCCUUCAUCCCUCAAACACAACGUGGACUCUGUAAAUUUAGAUGGAGUUAUUUUGUUAAAGGGGCGGGUGAAUACCCAGCAAGUUUUUGGUUUGUCCAACUCCGAUUUAGUUCCCGGGAAAUAUGAAGGAGGACUUAAGCUGUGGGAAGGUUCACUUGAUCUAAUUAAAGCCCUUCGUUCAGAUAUAAAAAAUGGGCUUAUCUCAUUUGCUGGGAAGCGAGUAUUAGAGGUAGGAUGUGGUCAUGGACUGCCCGGAAUCUUUGCAUUUCUUGAGGGGGCAGCUGCUGUACAUUUUCAAGACUUCAAUGCUGAGGUCCUACGUUGCCUCACAAUUCCUAAUUUAAAAGCAAAUCUUUCUGGAGAAUCUCAACCAUCAUCAUCCAACUCGACAAUUUGUGACGAGGCAGAAGUUCGCUUUUUUGCUGGCGACUGGAGUGGAAUUGAUAAACUGCUCCCUCAUGUUACUACAGAUGCAAAACAUAAUCAAGGUGAUGGUUAUGACUUUAUUCUUAUGGCAGAGACAGUUUACUCAAUCAACAGUCUCCAAAAUCUCUAUAAUCUUAUCAAGAAGUGCUUGCAACAUCCUGAUGGAGUAGUGUAUAUGGCAGCAAAGAAGUAUUAUUUUGGAGUAGGUGGUGGAACUCGGCGGUUUCUGUCUGUGGUAGAGAAGGAUGGUGUCAUGACUAGUAGCCUGGUUGCUGAAAUCACAGAUGGUUCAUCUAAUGUUCGUGAAGUAUGGAAGCUUGCAUACAAGUAGUAUUAGUAUUUUCUUCCUUCACCAGUCAAACUAUCCUCGGUUUAUUUGCUCGUGAUUGCCCAUGCAUGAAAAGGGGGCUGUUGGAAGGGUGGCGAUGGGUUGAUCAUUCAUGUCGGAUGAGUUUUGGUAAUGGUUGUAGAAACCGUAUGGUCAGGAGAGAAUCUUGCCCCUCAUUUCAAGCUAUACUUCUCUCUCUGCUUAUAGUGGGCUUGGUUUUCUUGGUCAAAUGUAUUUUCUAGUUGGUAAUGCAAAUAUAUAUAAUUUUCUCAUUUGUAUUUAUUUUGAUUUGAUUCCCAGUAGGAUAAUGUUUUGUUGUUGUUGUUGUUGUGGUACCUAUUUUGAUUGGAUGUAAUGCAUUGCUAGAGCUAAACCCCGUAGCAGAUAUUAAGGAAUCAAAGAAUGAUCAUGAAAUGAGAGAAGUAACAGGAAAUUUGUCCUAUAA